AUGGCGGCAAACAUGCCUGCAAUGGACAAGGCGCCCGCCUACAUCCGCAUGAUGGAUACCUCGCUGUCUCAGCGAUUCUCUACUUUCCUCCGGCAGUGUACUCUGCACCUCAUCGGCCGCGCGCCAGCAUCACUGCCAAAGGCCAUCAUCAAGCAGGCCGUGCAAGUGGUGUACACACCAACCAAGACCAAGGUCAUUGUCGAGACCAAUGUCGUCGACACCAGUACCCCGACAACKGAAGGGGCGCACGGCAUGGCUUUCACCCUGCCCACCCUCGCGUACCCGAUCUGCGCCAUGCUCUGCGCUGUGGCCGUCAUCACCACCGCCGGGUGGGUCGCGCGCGCGCGCGCUCACUCUCGCCGCGCCGCCGCUCUGACCGCCCUCGAGUCGGAGGCCUCCGAGCUGGAGGUCUCCGAGAUGCCAACAACAGAGCUGGACGGCCCAGAGCCAGGCUCUGAUAGCAAGGAGCUACUUGCUACUCGCGCAAAUGCGAUUCUCAAGCAGUACAACUUCUUGAGCAAGUGCAAAGCGCUCGAGAACGACUGCGCCGAAAAGGCUGCGAGGAUUGCUGCGCUGGAGUUCAAGGCCGAGCAGCAAGCGGCCAAUAUCGUCGCUGGCGCUACAGCACUGUCGGCGGCAAAGGAGACGCUCGAGUCUCUGCAGAAGGAAACUGCGCGCGUUUCCGACGAAACGAAGCUGUGUGAGGCCGCCUCGCAGCAGCUUUCUCUCAAAAAGUCCGAGGAGAUCGUGGAGUUGGAGCACAAACUCAACAAGAUGAGUAUUGAGCUCGGUGGCUUGCGCAAGAACACGAAAGCGCUCGAAGCAGCAAAGGCGACAAUCACAAGCCUUGAGACUGCCGCCGAGGAGUCUCGCCAGGAGCAUGAGGAGGAAAAGCAGGAGAUUCGCGAGAAGCAGCUUGCCGCCGAGCAGAGCGCGAAGCGGGAAGCCUCCGUCCUACUCUCCAAGAUCGAGACUGAACGCCGCGUCAAGGAGCAGGAACAGCGUGCCAUCAGCAUUGCUUCUGCGGCAAAGCUUGCCGAGCUAGAGCAGAAGUUGAAGAAGGCGUCUGAGAGCUCCGGGAAGUCCCUUUUGGGCGAGAAGAAGGCUCACAAGGCGGCUAUUGCUUCGGCUGCUGCUCUCGAGGAGUCAAAGAAAGCUUUGGAAUCCGCCAAUGCUCGUCUGGAGGCUGAGAAGAAGGCGCGAUUUGCUGAAAGUGAGAUCAUGGCCGCUGAGAACAAGGCCCAAUCUGCAGCAUAUGAGAGCAUGGUGGCUGAGAACAGCGCCCACCUUGCAAGCAAUUCGAGUAUUGUCGCUGAGAAUACGUCGUUAAAGUCCGCGAAUGAGACUCUCGCCGACGAAAACAUCCGCGCGCGCGAGGAGAAAGAUGCAGCUGAGUCCAAUCUGGAGAAGAUGUCCGCCGAACUCAAGAAGCAGACGGACGCCCGGAUGGAUGUCACUCGUCGCAGUGCCGGUGUGCUUAUGCAGAAAGCUGAGCUGCAAAAAUGUGUUGAUUCCCAGCAAGAGCAGAUUGAGGCCUUGAUGGGCAAGAUUCUGGAGCUGGAGAAGCAGCUCGACACCAAGGAUCAAGAUGAGGAUGACAUUGUAUCCCCGUCAUCUGCACAGCCGCCAUCUCCAUCGCCACCAUCCUCGGGUGCAUUCUCGUCGUCUUCACCGCCACCAUCCUUGGGUGCACCCUCGACGUCUCCACCGCCACCAUUCUCAGGUGCAUCCGCCGAAAGCAGCCAGCAGAAUGAGGUCGCCGCCAACAGCGGCACUGGAGACAACGAUGCUGGCUCUGAUGAGCAGAAGGAGCAGGAGGGAGAGCCGGAUGAGGAGGAGGAGAGCGAUGAAGAGCAUGAUGCCGAGUGCGAGCCAGACGAGAACAAGGAAGGCGUUGACCGCAGCGCGGCACAUGAUGCGGAGCGCCACGAGGACUCCUAUCUUGAGGAGAGCGAGCAGGGCGAUCCCACGAUCAACAAUGCUGCCACCAGCACUCCUGCCACAGAAGGCGAGCAGCCAAUCCAGACGAAACGCAAGAGACGUCGUCGAGGUGGUAGAGGUGGGGAGAAGCUGCGGAAAAGAGAAGCGGCUCUGCAGAGGGAAAACGACAGCUUGACUGUGGAUGAGUCUGACCAGACGCUGAAUGACGAGCCCGAGCAGCAGCAGAACGAGCCGGAAGAAGUCGACGACACUGCCACCCGCCAGGCCGGUGGUAACGAAGACAUGGCCACCAACGAGCUCGACCCCACCGUCAACCCCUUCACGUUCCGCCCUUCCACCGCACAGCCAACGAAGAAGCAUCGUUCCCGGUGCCCAAAGAAGCAUUCCCUCAAGAAGGCAAUCCACCAGAACACCCACGGGCGCACAGUUGAAGGUGUUUUGCAUGUGCCUACUGGGCCAAAGGCAAUGCGGCAGGCGAUGGACUUCAGCAGCGGAUUGCCUCGCAACCCAUUCGGUCCUCAGGAUCCCCCGGGGCGGUAUUGA